AUGAUGAACGACCUGACCCCCGAGUUGGGCAGGAGGAAACGAGCGCCUUGGGGAGCGUAUAAGACCAUCGAGCAUGUACUGAAGAAGACCAAGAACAUCCGGCUUCGUGCUCACUUCUUCAACACCAAAGCACUUCCUGUUUUGACCUAUGCUCCAGAAACCUGGGCAGCUCGCAAACAGGAAGAAAAUCCGGUGAGCGUCAUUGAACGCUCAAUCGAAAGAGUGAUGCUAGGAGAAUCCCGCUUCACAAAGUUGAGAGACGGAACUCGCAGUACGCUCCUCCGCACCGCUUCAAGCGCAACCGCUUACGCAACUCUACCGUGCUUCAUGUCGUAUGGCCGAGCGUAG